CUGUACAUAACCGUGAUGAGUGUGUGCCUUACAUCCUGCAGACCUGCCAUAUCCUUUAUUGCGGCGACGUCGACGCACGGUCCAGUGGGUCUGCGUCUACGUUUGUACGUCUGGUGCAGACUACACCACUCUGUUAGGCAGAGGGGCGUGCCGCGUGGCUCUCCGCUGCUAUGGCAACUGACAUACAACAGUAAAAUGUCUACCUGUGUGGCGAGAGAAGACAAGCAGAACAGACGUACUCUGGUGCUGAGGCCCUCUUCUCGAACAAUUAGUAUUUCAGCAUCAGGCAUACAUGGAGUCAACCAAAGCGCCGUCGGCUCCCCGAGCAGGAAACGUUUCAGUCUGGGCGGUGGCAGCAAAGUUCUGGAGAAGAGCAUCGUUCACACUCCGAGACAAGCUGUUCGGGUGUUUGAUGAGGAGGACAAUGACGUCACUCCUAAGCUGCUGUACCAAGCACAUCCAGCAGCUGUGCAGGCAAAAGCCGGCAGGUUGUUUCUGGAUGAAAUCUCUGCUGCUGGUUCGGCAUCAGACCAGACAUCAGCCACUGGGAGCUUCACCAUACCUUUCUCAAGGUCAGUAUUUGGAAGCAGCAGAAUAUCCAGCCAGUCUACCAUUGAAUCAGUAAAUGAGGAGAUUGAGGAUACAUUUUCCAGACGUGACAUCAACUUCCCAGAUGUGCAGCAAAAGAGAGACACUGUAAAAGAACACAUGACAGAAGACAUGUUGAAAGAGCUUGUAGACGUCUACAUCUCUGACACAGACAGCAUUUCACUGCUAGACAUACCCAGCACCCUUGUGUCAGUAGAUGCUGAUAAUGCAGAAGCAGUCAUUGAGAGGAACAAUCAGUAUGCUGAGGUUUGCAGGAACAGAAUGGGUAAUGAAAAGUAUGUGGAUCGAUCAAUGCAGACAGUGAAUGGAGCAGCUAAACAUAAACAGGUCCAGAGCGACAACAUGGCCAUGGUGGACACAGGCACGAAUGUUACCACCUGGGACAUGUAUAACACUGAGCAGGAUCAAACAGUGUGUAGCCCUCAGCUGGAGAGGGCUCACUGUCUAGAGGCUGUGGUGGACAGCAGCAGAGGUGCAGAGAGGAGCCUGUCAGUGGGCAGCACAGCCAGUACAGCCAGUACUGCUAGCUCACUGAGAGAUGUGGAAGCGCUUGGGAACGCUGAGUCAGACCUGCAGCUGAUUAUUCUGUCAGAGAAGUUCCAACACUUGUCACUGGUAAUGGAGAGGAGCAUACUGGAAAACACCUUCCAGCCCAAGCUGGCAGCUUACAGACAGCUGCCAGUUCUAGCCGACCUCGACAGUCCUGUGGAGCAGAGAGAGGCACAUGCAGACAGCCCUUCUUCCCCAGCUGUGGAGUGUCUCAUGGCUUUCAGCUGUGAACUCAGCAGAGGAUGCAGCGUCAGCAGCAUGGCCUGGAACAAGAAGAACCUGGACCUCCUGGCUGUGGGCUAUGGUGAGUUUGACUCCAGUACCCAGAAACCAGGCCUGGUGUGCUGCUGGUCUCUCAAAAACGCCACGUGGCCUGAGCGUGUCAUCCACUGCGACAGUGCUGUCACUUGCCUGGAUUUCUCAUUCAACAGCCCUAGUCAGUUGGCUGUUGGGAUGCGAGAUGGCAGUAUUGCCAUCUACAAUGUGCAGAGUCAAAGCGCCAAGUUAUGCGUCAUUAGCAGCAGUGAAUGUCCCAACAAGCACUUGGGUCCAGUUUGGCAGCUCAAGUGGAUCAGGCAAGAGCUGAACUUCACAGGAGAGGAGAAAGUGGAGGCUCUCUUCUCUGUGGCAGCAGAUGGCAGGAUCAGCAAGUGGUUUGUCUGCAACAAUGGCCUCGAUUGCAUAGAACUGAUGAAGCUCAAGAAGGUUCUUAAUCAGAGGAAGAAGGCAGGAGAGCACAAGACCGACAGUGUUCUGUCAGCACUGACUCCUGGUCUGUGCUUUGACUUCCAUCCGACGGAUUCCAGGAUCUACUUGGUGGGCACUUGGGAAGGUCUCAUCCACAAGUGCUCAUGUUCCAACAGUCAGCAGUUUCUGGAGACAUACAGGAAACACUUUGGUCCUGUCAGUUGUGUCUCAUGGUGUCCACUCAGUCCUGAUAUUUUCCUGAGCUGCUCCUCUGACUGGGCUAUCCACCUGUGGAAGCGGGACCACCUCAGCCCCUUGUUAGGCUUCACCUCAACCCGAGGAGCUGCGUGCGACAUCAAGUGGUCCCCAAAGUGGGCCACAGUGUUCGGAGCCAUUAAUGAGGAACAGCUGGAGAUCUGGGACCUGAAUUCCUGCAUUUUGGACCCAGUCAUUGUGCACCCUGCUGCCCCCGGCGUAAAGAUGAGGUCCCUGCUGUUUGCCACACAGACAGACUGUGUCCUGGUGGGAGGCAGCGAUGGACAAGUGACUGUCUACCAGCUGAAGAACCUCAGUGUGGGAGAGGGCAGCCAGGCGGGCAUCCUGGAAGACAUAAUCUGCUCUACAGCUUCCAGAUAGCUCUAUUAAAACUCCCAGAUAUAGAGUACUGCCAAGCUGUUUGGACUUGGUGCCUGUACGAAUGUUUCAGUACGAAGAAUUAAGAUGUACAGAUGUAGAAGAAGCACUGGUCACCACCGAACACUGGGUUUUACUGCUGAGAUGUCGGCCUGCUCAUAGCAGCAGCUGAGUUUGAAUAAAUGUUUAUUGUGUGUAUGGAAAUGAUUGCUAUUAAACAGGAUGGACAAAAGGUU